AAAAAAUUACCAAGGGUGCUAUUCAGACUGCUUUUAUUGCUGACAAUCUUAAGGAUAACGACGAUCUUGCAGUCAAGUUGGUUGUAUUGUAUUUUGUGCAGUGUUAUUUGUUAGGUGGUCCCCCGGGUAAAGUUGUUUCGUCUGAGGAAAUAGAUGUUGUCGAUAGUGGUCGAUAUAAUAAAUUUGGUUGGGGCAAGCAUUGUUUUGAUAUCACUAUGCAUUCUUUGAAGGGUAAGAUAGAUUCUGGUUAUAAGAGGGUAGUUCGUAGUGACGAGGAUGGUGGGUAUUACAGGUUAUUGGGUUUUCCUUUGGCUAUUCAAUUCUGGUUUUUCGAGUGUUGCCCGUAUGUUAUUCGGAAACUGGCGUUGUACUCAAAUGUUGGCAUUCCAAGGAUUUUGAAUUGGCCUAAAUUACCCAAGGACAAGGAGGGUCAGGUGAAAAUGGAUGUCAUGAACACCCUCAUUUUCGAUCGGUCUUUGAAAGAGGUAAUUCUGUUGUUUUUUACACUAUUUCCACUGUUGUUUUAAUGUUGUUUUUGUGUACAUUAUUUAUACUUUAUGUUUUGAUUGUUGUUGUUAUUUUAUAAUUUCAGUUUCAUGUGGAUAUUGUUUUUUGUUGGUUUUUGUUGUUUCAGUUAAAAUUAAGAAACAUCACUCCAACUUCCGUUGAGAGAUUGAGUUUGAGCCUCACUGAUUUUUUCUCUGCCUGAACAGUCUCAAGGUGGGGAGGAGAACAUUGAUGUUGAUGCAACAAUUGCAUCUGCUGUUAAAGCUGUGGAGAAUUUGAUUGGUUCCUCAACUCAUGCCCCUGCUUCUGUUGAGACUUCUGAGAAGACUGAUCUUGAAAUGGUUGUUUUUCAAGAGACUCCUAUUUUACGUCCUCAAAAAAGGGAUCAGAAGAAAGGAGCUGUUUUGAAAUCCCCAUUCAUUGAGAUUGCUUCUGGUGCAUCUAAAUAAGGUUCAUCCUCAGUUUCUCCUGACGAUUCUGUGUAUAAGGUCGUUAAAUAUGUGCGUGGUUUGUGCCCGUUGUACAACAAGAUUGGUGAACCUGUCGAUCCGCAAUUGGAAGCUGAGUUUGUCAAGUGGGUUGAUACAGGUCUUAGAAAGCAUAAAUCUAACACAACAACUAAUGUGUAUUGUAAGGGUAAGGACACAAUAUUUCCGCCUUUUCGUUUUGGUGUUGAGGACAUUAGCAACAAGAUGUGGUUUCACAACCUUGCCUACCCUAAUUGUUUCCUUACCAAUUCUCACAUUGACAUCAUUUUCUAUUAUCUCCGUAAGAAAAUAAUGUACUCAGCCGAGCCGAAAAUCAAAGUCACCACAACUGAUUGCCUCUUUUGUUCUAGCAUAACAAGUUUGUAUGAGAAGUUUGUUGAGAAAAACAACGAUAUAUCUGUGUUGUCUCUUUCUCACAAUGUGGCCCAGUACAUUCAAGGUGGUAAGAUAUUAUGUGCCACUCCUUGGCAUUUGGUUGAUCAUAUUGUUAUGCCUAUCAAUGUAAAAUUACAGGAUCAUUGGAUUUGUGGUCGUCUAAACAUAGUUGACAGGCGGAUAUAUCUGUACAAUUCAUUGCGUUCUGGAAGGUAUAUGACAGCUGCAAAAGAGGCUUGCAAGCCUUUUUCUGUUAUUUUACCAUAUUACUUCUCUAUGUUAGACUUCAAAGGCCUUCGCAACGAAGCUAAGUUUAGCACUAUGGAACCGUUCCCUAUUGUUGCUGUUGAUGGUUUACCCGAGCAGGUCACAGCUGAUUGUGGUGUUUUUGUAGCAUCAUUUGCUGAGUAUUUCAUUGAUGGCAAACCCAUCCCAUCCUCUGAUUUUGAUGUGGAAAUUCACCGCGAUCGUUUGGCUGUGUUAUUUUAUCAAUAUGGCAUGAAGAAGCAAACUGAGAACAUUGAAAGUGAAUCCGAGGCCCCUCCCAGCCUUCCCAAGAAGUGAUUUGUUUUUUCAAUCAGACUGUCAUUGUUCUUAUAGUUUUUUAAUGUUGUUUUUAUGUUUUUUUAUGUUGUUUUUCGUAAACAAACAUAGGUGUUCUGUUAUGUUUCCUUACGUUUUGUGUGGACAAUAUGUAAUCUUUAUUUUUGUAUGUUUUUUCUUAUUCUUCUUAUGUACAAACAAGUUGGUAUGUUAAAGUUGUUAGUUUUUUCAUUUCA